CCUUCCUAAAAUUUUCGUGAGCUGACAUCUUCAAACUUGUCAGUCUUUGGCGGGGAAAUCCAUUAGUGACCGACUGAACGUUGUCUUAGUCCCGAAGAAAAUGAUAAAAAUCACCUUGUUACUCGUGUGCUUAGCCCUAACUGAGGGAAGAAAUAUUCAAAGAUUUGUUCGAGAGGAAAAUAGAAACGACACAGCUACAGAUCUCAAGGAUGCAACAGGGAGUGCCGACGAUGCCCCGGAGGUUUCCGAGUUCCAGGCGGACUUAGUCGCUCCUCCCUCGGGACCUAAGCCCCUCGAGGCAAAGUACACAAUCCGAGUAAGACCAAAGUUGAAAAAUGGCGUCCCACAGAUCCAGGAAAUCCGCAUCAUGCCUCCAAGAAGUAACUCCACCAAAGGAUACGUUAAACCAAUGAUGGUGCUAAAGCAAAAUGUAACAAAACCACUCAUUGAAAAUAUCGAGAUUGAUGUUCCUGAGAAGGGGGUCAAGUAUGCAUCGAAACCAAGCGUGGAGGUCAUCGAAGGAAACCACAAGGAGAGGAUGAGAGUCACCAAAGGAGAAGCAGUUGUGGAAAAUGCUGCUCAGAAGUCUGAGACGAAUUCGGAAGAUAAACAAGACAAACCCCAAGAUCAGCUUGGUUCCCAGAACGCAACACAAGCAUCCAAGAAUGUAUCAGAGCCGUCGGCUUCGCAGAAUUCGACAAGUCCUUCGACUUCUCAGAAAGCAUCAGAGAAAUCGACUUCUCAAAAUUCCGCAGGCUCACCAGCUUCCAAAGAUGCACCGCAGCAGUUAAGCCCAAAAGGUACAACGGAGAAGGAUGCUGCUAGUUCACCACAGACACCAGCUGCCCCUCAGAGUGCGCCUAGUGCCGAUAACAAUGCUCCUCAAGCCCAAACUCCCGCCUCUGAUUCAGGGUCAUCUCAAAAUGCACCUCAGCAGUCGCCCUCCAAAGAUUCAACAGCUUCCACACAGGUUCCGGCUGCCCCUCAGGGUACGCCUAGUGCUGAUCACACAGCUCCUCAAUCUCAGACCCCUACCUCUGAUUCAGGAUUAUCCCAAAAUGCGCCUCAGCAGUCGCCCUCCAAGGAUUCAGCAGCUUCCACCCAGGCUCCAGCUGCUCCUCAAAAAACACCCAGUGCUGACCAGACAAUUCCUCAAACCCAGUCCCCCGCCCAAGCUGUGCAGGCUGCUCCUGUCGCCCCAGCUUACUCGCAGCCAGCUCCAGUAGUCUCGGCCCCUCCUGCAGCUGCACCUGCUCCGGCUGCCUAUUACAACGCACCUCAAACUUGCUCCGAUCACAGCAUUUGUGGAAUCUAUCCUGAAGACCGCUGUAGGGAAUCAUGGCUGCAGACAAACUGCAGGCGCAAGUGUAGACUUUGUUCGAAAUAAAACCGAUCAAGAUCUUAAAGUUAAUCUGUUUAGAUAUGGUGUUUAACGCUACUCGAGUGUAAGCAACGAAAGAGAGCUUUAAAGCAAAGAGAGAGAAAAAGAAAACAACAAACAAAAUAUAUAGAGCAUAAUUAGUAGAAGACAAACUCGCCAACUUAAGCCAAAACAAAACAGCAAUUAGGUAAAAAGAGAAGCAAGAAAGAAAAAUACUGAAAAAAAUGAAAAAGACGAAAAAGAAAAUUCAAAAUAGACUGUACGCUGUCAUUCAAGUAUCUUGUUUACUGCAUGAGAUAUUUUUCCUGUUGUGAAAGGAACCUCUAAGAAAUAUGUUAAAAGUUAAGUUUGUAGAGGUCUUCAGCCAGUUCUUUGUUGUUGCUUUUAACUUUUUUAUUUAAUUUUUGGCGAUCAAGCUAUCUCUGUAAGUGAGAAGAGAGUUCAUUUAUAGAGCCUAUCAUACUAUCCUCCUCUUUAUUUCAAAAAAGUGUAUUUUUUUUUUCUGAUUUCAAUGUCCUGCAAGUCAAAGUAGUUGAUCACUUCAAGUGACAAGAAUUUGAUUACUAAUUAAAUCCUGCAGCAAUUCCGUGGUCUACCUGAAUUGAUCUUUUUUUUUUCAGCGAAAAUAUAAGUGUUUUGUUCGGAGUAAAUUGUUGGUUCCGAAUUUGUUUGCGUUUCUGCUUUUUUUUUAUCGGCAGAAAUAUUAACAGUUUAUUUUGAAGUCUUUUUUAACCUCUAACACCCAAGAUCUGAUUGUUAACUCUCCACUUUAGCUGCUACACAUUUUCUUGCAAAUUCGUUGCGAGAAUUUAGUGUUCGAUCAAAAUGCUGGCCUCUAUCAGAUAACUUUGAGCAUUCUCGUUACUUGUUUGCUGAAUAAUGCUCAGAUAUUGUAAGGAGAAGCUAGAAUUUAAUCACUUGAGGAAGUUAAAGGGUUCAGACAUUUCAACCAGCAGUGAAACAGAGCCAAAUUGAGAAGACGCUUAAAUGGCAAACAGACGUGUAUUGUUAUGUAAUUGUUUAGUUUAGUGUUAUAUAGUUUAAAUGAUUUCACAGGCUUCCAUGAUAAUUUACUUCAGUUGUUAGUAAUAUGUUUUAAAACAGAAAUAAAGAUAUAUUAAAUCCCUGA